CAGAACAGCUGUCCCACACAGAUAAGAAAACAUGUGAUCUGCUUCAGUAUGCAGCAGUGGGUCGUUUUAAGGUGUGGUUUAUUUGUUUAAUGUGCAGGCUUUGCUGCUGGAAGGGUUGAUUUAGUCCCACAGAAAGCAUAAACAGAGCUGCAAACACCACCACCCAGCCAGGAAACUACUGCAAAAUGUCAGACAUCUCAGAGAACAAGUGGAGAGACGCUAUGACCAAAAUCUUUGACAUGCUGGACGAGGACCAGUACAAGAAGAUGGUGGGAAUCCUUCAGAAGUUUGAGUUUUCAUCACCACAGAAGAAAACCGCCAAGUUCAGAAAGGAUUUGCCCCGGAAGAUCAUUGAGAAGUACGGAUUAGAGGAGUCCAUCUCCAUCAUCAACGAAGCCAUGAAGCAGAUUCCCAGGAACGAUCCUUCAGUCCAGGACCUGCUGCGUCCCUUCGUGGACAAACUGGGGAAGAACCAGGAAGAAGAGCCAGAAGGUCAACAAAAGAGCUCCACACCUGAGCAGACUGAUCUUCCUGGAGCAGCAAAGACUGAAAAGAAAAUGGGAAAAAAUGAGGAUAAAUCCGUGAAAACAACUGGAUCCACAGAAAAUCCCAAGGAGAGUGAAAUUCCCAUCUUGGCCAUUAAAGAUCUAAAGACCACCGGUGUACUCGGCCAAAAUUUCACAGCAGGGAAGGUUGUGCAGAAAUCUGGUCUGCGUCCAUAUUACACACAAGACAAUGUGAGAAAGAUUUAUUUCUACCUGGGAGUCGCUGAUAAAACAGACUGCAUUAAAGUGAUGGUUUAUGGAAACGAGCGCUUUGAAGGCAUCAAAGAGGGGAGCUUCUACAUCUUCAGGGAUGUAAUCAUGGAAAAUAAGGUCAUGAAAAUCACAGAAAGAAGUAAAAUGUCAGAAACGGCUGCAUUCAGCGUCCCAAAGAGUCUGGAACUGGAAGCUUUGAAACUACUUUCCAGUCCAGUUUUCACCAUUGCUAACAUCCAAACCAUUGAAAAACAGACAAGAGUUAGUGUUGAAGGAACUGUGAAAGAGAUUGGUUGUUCUAAACCCAUCGAACUGAGAAGCAAACAGAUGAAGAAAGACAAGCUUGACUUCAGACUGGAGGAUGAUACGGGUUCCAUCUGGAUCAGCUUGUGGGGUGAAGACACCAAGCUGAUCCACGGAAUAUCAGUCGGAGACUUUGUAGGGGUGAUCAACGUGAAGACAAAUCUCUACAAUAACACAGUAUCACUGAACUCAACUGACUUCACCAGAAUCAUGAAGGUGCACAGCGCUGCUGUUCAGAACGCCAUCGUUCAGGUUGUUGGGAUCCUAAAAGCUGAGGAGGUGGAGACUGAACUGGAAGCACUGGUCAACAACCAGCCACAGGCUUUAGUUGUGGCUUCUUCCCUCCUGAGAAACGUCUUUGUUAACAGUACGGAGGAAAACCUUAAAGACAAACUUGUGGAGAAAAUACCAUUUUGGGCAGAAGCAGAAAUACAAGGAAACAGGAUAAUCCAGAUUAAAGCCUCUGAACAGACAUAAACCUGUUCCAACAUGUCGCUCUGCAGACAUCUCCUUCAUGGUGGAACAAGAAUUAAAUAAUGAAGAUUGUCCAGUUGAGCUUCAGCUGUAACUUCUCUUAACAUGAAACGUGUCAACAUGCAAAGGAAACUGAAAAAUUACUAUAAAAAUCUGCCAGAAGAAAAUAUUUUACACCUUUUUGAUCCUUUGUUUGUUUCAGAUUCUGUUUAAGUUUUUAUUACCUGUAAUUCUUUCUUUGUGUUAAUUAAGGUCAUCAUCUUUUUAUUUUUUUCAUUUUGUUCUUUUACUUUUAAUCUGUUCAAUCUGUUUAUGUGAAUUAUAUAUAAAAUAAAUCAGCAACUGAUGCUUUCUGUAAUUAACCUGAUUUUCUGGAAUUGUGAUCCUGGAAUAAACAAC